AUGCUCCAGCUUGGGGACGAGACUGUCCAACUAGCUGCUGCCAACAUAGCCGAAGUUGAAACAGUCGAUGUUGUUACCGGACGCAUUUCCCUGUUCAAAGACGAGGCCACCGUUGCUUGGGAGGUAGUUGCACAGGCGCCCAUCAAGGCUCUUCUUCAGUACGUGCCGGCCCUUACCCUGUGCCGUGAUUCAGCAUGCAAGGGGGAUUGCCAGUUCUUUCACCCCGCUGUGGAUGAAAGUGUAGAGCAUAUCUUCAUGAAUGUCUGGGCAAGACGCUUCUCCACCGUGGAUGGCAGUCGCACCGAGGCUAGCAACGCAGAUCUGUUCCAAGCCCUAGUGCGCAUCCCGAGUUCCGCAUUGAAGCACCUGCAGCGUGCCAUCACGCCUGGCUACUACUUCGAACCCCGUUCUGGGGACGGGUACAAUGCCCAUGCUGGUUUCUCAGUGAUCUGGCUUCCAGGCAAGGAUCGUGCUCAAGUCCUGCGCAUUGCACAAACGACCGACAAGGUCGUCGCCAUUACUCGCCUAAAUCGGCGCUUUGGAGUACGGGUUCGUGAAUCUGACGAGCCUGCUGUUCACAAGCUGCUCAAGCCUGAGGUCGAAUAUGUGAAGGUCCGCAUAGCGGCCAAGUUUCGCCUUCACCCACUUCCGCAUGGAAUGCAGCGCAAGCAUCUUGUGGCGCUGCUCAAGCAGUGGAACUGGGCUGCCCGUCCGCUUCAGGUUCUCAAAGGAGAUGCCGCAGGUUCCGCCUGGGAGGUGGGCUCCGAUGUCGAACCGCCUGGUCAGGCGCUCGCCGCAGCCGGCAGUUAUGUUUUGAUCUCCAAGCUUCGCGAUGCCUCGACUCAGCAUCGUUCUUCUGGAGUCACUGCACCGCCGCGUACCAAGAAGUUGCUCUAUGAUGAUCCUGAGGUUCGAGCCGACUCCAGUGCAGGUAAGGCUCAGCAGGCCGAUGUUGGUCAGCUACGCACCGAGUUCACUCAGGUCUUGGCCACCAGCAAUUCCAAUCUUCAGCAGGACAUCUCCAGACAGUUGUCUGCACAGAUGCAACAGAUUGAGAGCCUUUUGAACAAAAAGCCGCGCACCGAGUGA